AACUAUUGAUAGCGAAGAGCAAAGAAAGAGGAAAAGGUGUUCUCUGACAUGGGGAGGAAGAAGGAAGUGUAUUUCGAUGAGGGAGCGCCGGAUGAUUUCGAUCCGAAGAAUCCCUACAAGGAUCCGGUGGCGAUGCUGGAGAUGAGAGAAUACCUCGUUAGAGAAAAGUGGAUCGAUAUCGAAAAGGCGAAGGUCCUUCGCGAGAAGCUAAGGUGGUGUUAUCGCAUUGAAGGCGUUAAUCAUUACCAGAAGUGCCGCCAUCUCGUCCAUCAAUACCUUGAUGCCACUCGCGGCAUCGGGUGGGGCAAGGAUCAUCGUCCCCCGUCUCUUCACGGUCCCAAGGUUGUGGCUGAAAGAACUGGAUGAGUACAAUUCGAGGUGAUCUUCGAAUCUGUUACAUGGGAGAUAUAUCAUCCAAAUUCCUGAAAUAAUGCUACCUUUUCUAACUAACUUUAUAAUGUGAAGAAUUUUAUAGGUUUUCAAUCUAUUGGUGCCUGCAAGCACCUUGAUUGGAUGUUUCUAAUUAUAUUGACAUUAAUAUUGUGAAUUUUUCCAUUUGCCCUGUGGUUGAUUAUUUUUUAAGUUUGAUUGAAAAGAUGAGGAGCUCUAUCAGAUUGAAGGAUUUAAUAAACUUAUUGACUA